UUAUGGCGGCUGCUUCAAAAACACGGAAGUGAUGCUGAAUGACGAUUGUCAAGACCCAAAGGGAGCUGUUGUGGAGGCCGUGGUGGAUGAGCUCCUCGAGGAGGUCGGUAGAACAUACAAGGACAAUGGGAAAAUUCCAGAUGAAGUUCUAUCAGCGUUGAACAAUGUGUUCCAGUCAAGCCUGCUACCAGCCCUGGAGCUGGUGGACAGUCAUAACGUCACCAAAGUUACCUGCCCCGCUGGCCGAGCCCUCUACCAGGUAAUUGGCAGUUCAGGCACACCAUACACAUGCUUCCUGAGCAGCCGCUACUGUUCCUGCCCCUCUUACCAGUUUUCCUGCCUCAAGAAGGGGGACCACCUCAUGUGCAAGCAUGUGCUGGCUGUGAGACUGUGUGAGGCAAUGGGUGGUGUACGGGAACUGGAUGUCACCAAUCAGGAGAUCACCAACAUGCUCAAACAGCUCGAAUGAACACUGGGAUAGCUGCAAUGUGAACGCUAGGAGAGUUGAUGCUGCGGUGCAAAUUAUUAUAUGGAAAUCAUAUAGUCAUAUCAAUACAAUAGCUGCUUUUGAACAAACGUAAAGUUCACCUAAGGUUAAGUUUGCUUGAUCAAGCAUGUCAGUAUGUUGGUACAUUGAGCAAGUACUGAAAAAAGAACUUACAUUACCAAAAUUACAAUGUAUUAAAAGUAUGUGUUGUGGUUUGAUGUGACUUACUGACAAACAAUUCCAAGUUGGUACACAAACCUAUAUAAACACUUUUAUAUGAUUUUCAAGACUCUUUCCUUUUACACUGAACGAUUUGUGGUGUGCAGCGGGUAUAAAACUGUUACUGAGAACUUGCGAAAUUGAUAAGAAAAUGAAUUUGGUUGCUUAUAAUUGAUUGCGAUAUUUAAAAAUUGUUGAUUGGCAUGUUUUUUUAUAAAGUGUGAUGAUAAUAUUCAUCCUGUUUUUUCAUUCUGGUGCGAAAAAUCUGACCCGAUGGCAAGUGCAGAAAAUGGUUACGAUGUAUGCCGAGUAACCAGCCACGCAGCAUGCCCAAGGGUCGGUUUUAUCAAUCUAGAAAUUAUUACCCAAACCGAAAACUCAUGAUGGUUUUUUUGUGUUGCAAACCAUAAUUUUCAAUUGGUGUGAAAAUUUACAUAGAAAACACAUUUUUGUGCAUUUCAGAAAACAGCAUGUAUGAUUUUGUUCACUGAUGUCAUUAUGCAUGAUGCAUAAUAAUUGUAGUUAGAUGUUGACGUCAAAUGCUUUCUCUAAAACAGUGCUGUUUUGUAAUUACAGUCGAAACUCGUUGGCUCGAUAUCUCAUGGCUCGAACCAAAUUAAAAGGACCGAUUUUUAUUUACUCUUUGUUCAUAUAAAUUUCGAUCGGAUGGCUCGAUAUCUUGAGGGUCGAUAUUUCUCCACGCUCGAAGUGGUUUUCGCGGUCCCAAACAAGAAUUUCGCACUUUGAUUUGGUUUCUUGGGUUGAUGUCAUUUUCGCGGGUUCAGUUAAGAAUCUCACGCCUUCAUUUGUUUGAUUGGCUUCAUUUAGCACAAGGCGCUAAUCGAUUAAAAUUGCUUGACUGAUAUUAUAAUUAUUGUCGAAUUUAAAUGGUUUAACAGUUUGAAUGAACAUGCCAUCACUUUGAGUUAUGUCUCUAAUUGUUAUCCAUCCCUAAAUUACUAUGCAUUUUGAUAUAACUUUUAAGCUAUGUUUGUGUUACCCACUGUUUACAAUUGCUUGUUUUCGCAUAAAAGUAUUUUUAUUAUAAAUAAAAAAAAAAUGAUAUUUUCUAAUAAUCGAAUAAGUCAUAUUACGAAAUUUAGGGUGCGUAACUAUGCCCAAUAAAUACUCUUCCUUCUCUUGCGGAGAUAGCGUAGCCAAUAACAAACGAGGUAAAUAAGACUUUAUGUAACAAAUGAAAAAAUAACAUUCUGUAAGCAAUCCCGCUUGGCUCGAUAUUCUCGAGGCUCGAAGUACUUUGGCCGGUCCCUAGAAUAUCGAGCCAUCGAGUUUCGACUGUAUAUAAAUUGUAAAAUGUUUCCUUUUGAGCUCUAUGGAAAUGUGAUACCUUUGUUUUCAUAAGAUAAAAAAGAUCAGAAGUU